UCUGAUAUGUCAUGUGAUUGAUACAUCGUUAACUCUAUAUGGGAAAAUUGUCUCUUACCUGUGGUGGAGUAGCCGUUCUUUCUGAUGUGAUGCAGAGGCCGCUCUCAAGCGCAUCAAUGGAUGUCACGUAAACUCUGCAUGUAAACCAGCUGCUUCCCUGAAGAUAUCUUGAUGAGCAUUUGUGGACGAUGAAGGAAGAUGACUUCUUCUUUCGUCUUCUUCUUCUUCUUCAUCAUACGUUUUUUUGAGGGUGAAGGAGCAAGCAAGAGUUCUUCCUGGUUUGGGUACUCAGUCUGGGGGUCCAAAUGAAAACCAAAUCAGUGGAUGUUGCUGUAAUAUCAACUUCCCAAAAUAGAAUCUGAUUAAAUGCUCCGCAAAAAUUACCUAAAAAAGCAUUUCGCAGAAUCCGCUCCUCUCUCUCUCUCUCUCUCUCUCUCUCUCUCUGUUAAGGCUGUGGGCGUGAAGGGGUAAAAAUUUCCUUGCACGCAACUAUUGCAACAACCCGUAUGUUCUCUGGCUGUGAAGAUUCAUCUUUUUAAUCAAAGGAAGCUUCUUUUGAAGAAGCACUUGAAUUUCCCUCGGAUUCAGGCCGAGCGGGCAAAUGGGUGUUGUUUAAAUUCGUCAGAAAACGUAUAUCCCUUUUCAAUUCGGUUGAAGGAAAGCGUAGUUAUUUGGAUUUUGUUGCGCGAGCUUGCAGAUAUGCAAAGGGGCGUUGGUAGUACUGGUAGGGGUAGAAGUUCAGGGGGAUUUGGAAGUUUGAUGAGGAGGAAGAAGGUUGAUUCUAUUCUUGUAAGGCCAGAGGGUAAUGAAUUGGCCAAGAGACUCUCUGUUUUCGACCUCAUUGCCAUUGGAGUUGGAACAACUAUUGGAGCUGGAGUCUACAUUCUUGUUGGAACAGUUGCCAGAGAGUACACAGGACCGGCUCUUAGUGUAUCAUUCCUUAUUGCUGGAAUAGCAGCUGCACUGUCAGCACUUUGUUAUGCAGAACUUGCAUGUCGUUGCCCCUCUGCUGGGAGUGCCUAUCAUUAUUCAUACAUAUGCGUUGGAGAAGGAGUUGCUUGGUUGAUUGGAUGGGCUCUGAUACUAGAAUAUACAGUUGGUGGAUCUACUGUUGCUCGUGGCAUAUCUCCAAGUCUGGCCCUGUUUUUUGGUGGGGAGGAUAAUCUGCCUGUUUUCAUAGCUCGCCAUACUAUUCCUGCGCUUGGUAUUGUGGUUGAUCCUUGUGCAGCAAUGCUGAUUUUUAUUGUUACUGGGCUUUUGUGCAUUGGCGUCAAGGAGAGUUCAUUGGCACAGUCCAUUGCUACAACAAUUAAUGUUUGUGCCAUGGUUUUCAUCAUAAUAGCUGGUAGCUAUCUAGGUUUCAAGACGGGAUGGGUUGGCUAUGAACUUCCCAACAGGUAUUUCCCCUUUGGAGUUAAUGGGAUGCUUGCUGGAUCAGCUUUAGUGUUUUUUUCAUAUAUUGGUUUUGAUGUAGUAACAAGCACAGCUGAGGAGGUGAAGAAUCCUCAACGAGAUUUGCCUCUUGGUAUAGGGAUUGCAUUGUCUAUAUGUUGCAUUUUGUAUAUGCUUGUAUCUAUUGUUAUUGUUGGCUUAGUGCCAUACUAUGAGUUGGAUCCAGACACGCCGAUCUCGUCUGCAUUUGCUAGCUAUGGGAUGGAUUGGGCAGCAUACAUAAUAACAACUGGAACUAUUACUGCUCUCUGUGCAUCUUUGAUGGGCUCAAUUCUUCCUCAACCACGAGUCCUGAUGGCAAUGGCUAGAGAUGGGUUGUUGCCUUCAUUCUUUUCUGACAUUAAUAAACAUUCCCAAGUUCCAGUCAAUAGCACUGUUGUGACGGGCAUCUUUGGUGCUACUCUGGCUUUUUUUAUGGAUAUUUCACAGUUAUCAGGGAUGGUUAGUGUCGGUACACUACUCGCUUUUACCACUGCUGCCAUUUCAGUCUUGAUACUUAGAUAUGUUCCCCCAAAUGAGGUGCCACUUCCAUCAUCACUUCAUGAGUCAACUGAUUCAAUGUUAUUCCUGCACAAGAUGGACAGAGAAAAGCCUAAACACCCUGCUCAUUUCUGUGAGGACAAUAGUCAGCAUUUAGAUGGAAAAGAAGAGGCAUUAAUUGCAAAUUCGCUGAUUGGGAAGGAAAUAGCUGGAGAUGAACAGAGUGAUCAAAAAAGGCGGAAAAUUGCAGCUUGGAAUAUAGCCCUUGCAUGUGUGGGGGUUCUAGUCCUUGCAUCUGCAGCCUCGGCUGAAGAUCUUCCCAGCUUUCCCCGUUCCAUGUUAUGCGUAAUAGGCGGUGUUCUUCUGUUGUGUGGUGUGAUUGUGCUUGCUUGUAUAGAACAAGAUGAGACAAGACACAGCUUUGGGCGCACAGGAGGCUUCAUUUGCCCAUAUGUUCCACUCUUGCCUGUUGCCUGCAUUCUCAUCAACACGUACUUGCUAAUAAAUCUUGGAGCUGAUACAUGGAUUUGCGUUUCCGUUUGGUUGGUGAUAGGAGCAUCAGUUUAUGUAUUUUACGGAAGGAAACACAGCUCACUCUUAAAUGCAGUAUAUGUGCCCAUAGCCCAUGCUGAUGAGAUCUCCCAAACUUCAUCAAACUAUCUAGUUUAGUAAGGCAUUUGCUGGCAGCUGCUUGUUGCAGGUUUAGAUCCAUUUUCAGUAUUAACAAAAGCAUUUCUGCUACUGUUGUUCAUCUUGUUUAUAGAAUCCAUUGAACUCUCUAUAUUUAGAAAGACUGAUCAAGAUCAGUCUCAUUUGUAAAUUAAACCUGAUUGGGUUGGUGUUCGAACUGGGAGAUCCUUUCAUUGUGUAAAAACAUGUAAAUAGCUUAAUGGCCAAAGGGUCUCUUCAGAACAUUCAAUAAAAUUGUUUCACAGAAUUCUUGCAUAGAGAAA